AUGUCGAGCGAGUACACCACCUCUUCGCUCUACGUAUUCGUAUUCUGACCUCGAGCUCAUCCUCACCCACGCUACGCGCUUGCACAGUACUAGUCACCCACCCCGACGGAUCACCGCGGCCACGUCUACCCCCGAGUCCAGUCGGUGACUCACCAAACAACCUCAGCAACCCCAGCGACCCCAGCAACCGCGAUCCAAGACCCAUCAUAUGGUUCGACAUCGAUAACUGUCUCUGUAAGUCUACUCACACGCCGCAGAUGUGCCAGUCGGGACUCGGGACUGACUGACUUGCCCUCACCGUCGACGGUGCAGACUCCAAGGAUGCCGGCGUCGACGAUCUGAUGAAGGAGAAGAUCGAGAGUCAGUCUCAGGCCUGAUGUCGAGCUCAACUAGCCCCAACUCCUGCGCUGAUCCGCUCGAGCUUGACCGGCUGCCACAGACUACUUUGAGAAGAUCGGCAUUCCCUCGGACGAGUCGAGGAUACUCCGACACGUGCGUCACUCGACCGACCCCCACUUCCCACUCGAGCCCCUCGGUCGUACGCUUACUAGUCACCAGCUUCCCGAUUCCACACUCACAGCGAUACUACACCGAGUAUGGACUCGCCAUAAGAGGGUUGGUCCGGCACCACAAAGUUGAUCGUGCGUACACACCUUUGUAGCUCGUCUUGCGAAGAUUCUGAUCUGUUCUGCUCUUCACCUGCUCAGCGCUCGAUUACGAUGCGCAAUGCGACGCCGCGCUGCCACUGGAAAACGUUCUUAAACCGGAUCCAGAACGGCAGCAUCUGUUGCACGAUAUUGAUCGGUCCAGAUUCAGGGUGUGGGCGCUCACAAACGGUAGUCCGCUUCUGCUGCACUUGCUGAGCAGUUCGUGGCCUGGAGAGCUGAUCGCACGUGUCGUUUGCAUCGCAUAACCUUUCUCUGAUUAGCCUAUGUCAACGUAAGCAAACAGUUCUUCUUUCACUACUGAUAUCACCCGGCCAUACUGAACUCCUCUCCACGCCGCCCUCCUCAGCACGCCACAAGGGUUUUGCGCCUGCUCGGCCUCGCCGAAUAUUUCGAAGGCGUCAUCUCGUGCGACUACACCGCCACUGCCGGCACCUUCUCCUGUAAACCCGAACCCGGUUGAGUCUUCUCCCACGUCGUACCUCAAGUCGGGACCGUCCCAUGACUGACGCUUUCAUUUGGUGACCUCUGGCUUAAACAGCUUACUACAGAGAAGCUCUGGCCGCCGCGAACGCGACGCCGGACCAAUGCUACUUCGUCGAUGACUCGGCGCUGAAUAUCAAAGGUGCUCAUGCGCUGGGGUGGGGCAAGUGUGUGUUGUUCGAUGAACAUGGUGAUCAGAGGCCGAAAUUAGGCGGGAUCGAUGAGCAAGCAACAUCAACGACGCCGACAGAUACGGGGUCUGACUUCCAAACGAGCGAGGAGGUUAGGGUGGUUGGCAGGUUUACAGGUUAGCAAAAGCCCUGCAGUUCCGAUGAACAUUUUUUUGGCCUGGUAAAGAGUAACCGAUGCUGAAACCCUUUGCCCCCCGUUCUUUGUUUUCAGAUCUGCGACAGGUCUGGAAGGAGGUUUUCGUGCAAGGUUCGGGUUGA